GUUGUUUAUUAUAGGUGAGGUUGUCCACAAUUUUGUCCACUAAGCUGGCUGACAUCUGUGCAAGGAUUGAUUCAUAAAGUCAUCACUACUCUUCUUAGAACAUUUACCAAAUUUGUCAACUGAAUGAUAUGGGUGGGCUGGAUUAUGGGUAAUCACAAUGUCAAAGGUCACAGUCUCUGGCCAACUCACUGCAUGCCAAAUCUAACAGAGCCCCACCUGGUGGAAAAAAACCCAGGAGAAAACAACUCUGCCCAGUCUUCUACAGCCCUCCAACUAGAAAAUUUAAUCAUAAAUAAUGACCAUGAAGAAUUAGAAAAGUUUAUUAGUCUAACUAAAGCUGAUGUAAAUGUAGAACUCAAUGAGAAAAAAGAAACAGCACUUAUCCUAGCUGUUAAACUGAGCCACAUAGAGUGUGUCCAAGUGAUAGUGAACUGUGAGUCGUGUUUGAAGAACUGCCUCAAUGUUAACAAUUGUUCUGCCUUUGAUAUGGCCCUAAUAACUGCUUUUGACAAUCGUCUGGAACCAAGACAUUCCAUUUGUUGGGAAAUAAUCAAGCUGUUGAUGAGGGCUAAUGCAGAACCUAUGUGUAAAGAUGCCAUGAUGUACAUAGUGCGGACAGCUUUUAAGUACCAGGAUGAUCAGUUUCUACAUAAUCUCAUUGCUGCAGCCCUGGAGUGUUCAAAUUCAACCAUGUUUCAUGAACUCCUUCUUCAGAAAUUACAUCGUCAUCAACCCAUCUAUGUGGACCCUAUUGAUCCCAUUUUUAUGAACAUGUCAGAUUUUAGCAUUAAAUUGUUAAAGAUUGCUCCUCCAUCAGAGCUGGAGUUUAUCGUGAACUCGAUGUUUUAUUACAUGGAAUCCUACUGGCAGUCCCGCAGGAAUAAAUUCAACACGUUUUACAAACUGAUCAUGUACACCAUCGCGGCAGGCUGGGUGUGGCGGAGAUCUAAUGUGUACCACAUUUCCAGGUCCUGUCCACACCUGGGUAAGUGGUUGAUACAGCAGAUGAAGACACCCCUAUCACUUGUACACCUCUCGCGGGCCUCGUUCCGACAACACGUAACCUGUCCUGUUCCAGCAGCUAUCGAGGAAUUACCCUAUCCCAUUCCAGAGUCUCUGAAGCGCUACCUUCUGAUUCAAGACAUGGAUGAACUCUGUACCUCAGGGACUGUUAACCUCAAUGAAGUUGCCUUUUAAUCUUGUCAUUAAAAAUAAAACAAUAUGGUAUUUCUCAUAGGAAUCCAGCUCUCUUUUAUUUAACGUAAGGGAAAUCUGCACUGUUCAACAGUGUUUUAUGUGGAUAUUGUUUUUGGAGAAAAUUUGGAAACUUGUCUAUGUGUGGCUAAAUAAUGAAAAAAAAAUAUCUGCCUUUAAUUCAAAGGUGCUAUUUUUGUGACAACAGUUUUUUUUUUGUAUUGAAGAUUUUGAUUUUAACUUACUGGUAUUUCAAACACUACUACACAUAUAUGAAAUGAAGUGAUGCAGCACGUUAAUUAUAAAUUUGUUUUAUAAGGAUGUUUUCUUGUUUCCUCUUAAAGUUGAUCUCAGUUUCCUUUCUGUCUUGUGUUCAGUCUCACAUGCAAUAUUUUUUCUUCUGUUUUCAAUAUGCAUUUUAUGUUUUCUUUUUAUGUACUUUGUAAAUUUUAUCAAGCACCUUAGGAUGAUGUCGAGAAGUUUUUUUUAUAUUUUUCAAAAUCUUUUUCAGGGAAGAAAAGUUGUUAGUUAUUGAGAAAACUUUUAAUUGUGAAGAAAGCUUUUUAUUAUCUUAUUUUUCGUAUUCAAUACAAAAGUUUGUCAUCUUAAUCAAGAAAAAAGUCAUAAACUUGUUGCCUGUAUUUAUG